GCGUGGCGUGCGCCGUGACGCAGCCGGUCCGCCGCGCGAGGAAGUGGCGCUGUUGUUUGAGCGACGGGACCGUCUCGCUGUGUCUCGUGGCUCGAUCUGAGGAGGUUUACCGUGUCUCGAGUAAUGGCUGCUGAGGUGAAUGGCAGCUCCGGUCUGCUCAAAGAAGAAGAAGAGCCCAUGGAUGUGACGGCCACACACUCAGAGAACUACCAGACGCUGCUGGACGCCGGUCUGCCGCAGAAGGUCGCCGAGAGCCUGGACAACAUCUUCCAGACAGGGCUGGUGGCGUACGUGGAUCUGGACGAGCGGGCGCUGGAUGCGCUGAGGGAGUUUAACGAGGAGGGAGCGAUGUCAGUUCUGCAGCAGUUCAAGGAGUCCGACCUUUCACACGUGCAGAAUAAGAGCGCCUUCCUGUGCGGCGUGAUGAAGACGUACCGACAGAGAGAAAAGCAGGGCAAUAAAGUGCAGGAGUCCACGAAAGGCCCAGACGAGGCCAAGAUAAAGGCUCUGCUGGAGAGGACGGGAUACACUCUAGAUGUCACGACAGGCCAGAGGAAGUACGGCGGCCCUCCUCCAGAGGAAGUGUUUUCCGGCCCGCAGCCCGGCAUCGGCACCGAGGUGUUUGUGGGGAAGAUCCCGCGGGAUCUGUACGAGGACGAGCUGGUUCCUCUGUUUGAGAAGGCCGGCUCUAUCUGGGAUCUGAGGCUGAUGAUGGAUCCUCUCACCGGUCAGAACCGCGGCUACGCCUUCAUCACCUUCUGCAGCAAAGAAGCCGCGCAGGAAGCUGUCAAACUGUGUGAUAACUACGAGAUCCGGUCGGGCAAAUAUCUGGGCGUCUGCAUCUCUGUGGCCAACAACCGUCUGUUCGUCGGGUCCAUUCCAAAGAACAAGACCCGGGAGAGUAUCCUGGAGGACUUC